AUGGAGGAGGUCCUUAUGGCCAACUGCCUGCCUCUUUUCCACGGCUACGUCCGCGCCCGGGUCUCCCUGGAGAAGGAGUACGCAGUGUUCACAAGCACACUUGAUACAUUUCGGGAGAUUGGGCACCACGGGGAGGACGUACACCUUACAAGGGAGAAAUGUGAGUUCCGAGCACCCCAAGUGACCUACUUGUGUUACAGAGUCGACAAAAGCAGUUUAUAUCCAUUGGAAGAGAAAAAUGCCAUCCAGGAAGCCCAAGUGGCUAAUGCAGAUGCCCUGAGCUACUUCCUACUGGCAGAUACUCCACCGGUCGUACCAACCCUGGAAGAAUCCAUUCUGGUUGCAAACUUCCUGGACACCCUUCCAGUCACCGCUGACAAUAUCUGGCUGUGGACACAAAAACAUCCUGUCCUAACAAAAGUGAAACAGCUGGUGCUGGAGGCCUGUCAAGAAGCAGGAGCUGCAGCACUUCGGAAUGCCUCACAAAAACUUUUCGAAAACUACCAAAGGCAGAUGGAUGAACUAAGACAACGACAUGAUGAAGAGAAGCACAAAUUACAGACUUUUGCUGAGGAGCAGGAGCAAAGUUUGAAGAGAAGUGUGGAAAAUUACAAUAACCUGGUGUUGCAACUUCAGCAGAAACAGAACAGAGCCAAAGAACUGGAAAAACUAAUAGAGAGGAUGGAGAAGGAGAAGAAAGAGCUAAUGGAAAAGAAACAGUCAUUGGAAAAAAAGAUGCAUUGGAAGAGGUCUACGUCUAUGGAUGUUCCAGAUGGCUCAUCGAGGUUUCAGGAUCUUCAGCUGGAGGUUUCCACAACACACGAAAAGAUAUUUCAUCUAGACAGUGUUGUCACCCAACAACAUCGAAACCUAUACAGUGUAAUAAAUACGAUUGAAAAUUUGAAAAUGAAGUUGACAAAACAGGAUCAAAUUAUACUCUCUCUGAGGGAACAAGUGGGCAUACUUGAAGCAGAGAACAAAGAACUGAAAUAUAAAGCUGAAGUUUACUCUGACAAGCAAAACACGAAUGCCUCACCAGUAUCCUGUGCCAGUUAUGAAUCGACUCGAAACAAAACCCCGUACCAAAUGUUAAUGAAGUGGAAAAAGGAAAGUGCCUGACCAUGGAUCACCUGGUUCUGUACAGCAGAGUGUUUACCACAGAAGAGCUGUUAAAGAAGAGAGCUUGAUAUCUCUGCACACGGAACUUGCCUUCCAGCUGCCCUGGGACCAAACAAGCACCACAGGAUGAAGAUAAAAAUCAAAUUUGUCUAAAACUGGACGUGACCAAAAAAAAAGGUUUCAGAUCUCCUGAGUCUGUGGUCUUUCAGAUACAUUUCGUGUUAAGAAAUAAAAUGCUGUAGAUGAAAAAAAAGGGAAUGUUGUGGAAAUGAAAUGAAAAUGUUCUAUAAGGUACAGCUCAGAGGAUUAAGGAUGAUACAACUUUUAUUCAAGCAUUGUCAUGAAAACAAGCCUUUUCUGUACUGCAUUGUUUGAAACCUCUUAGCACAUCAUUAUAUGAUUUACUGCUUUCCAGAACACAUUAUUGUGCAGUGCCAGCAGCAGGUAGUUUUAAACAAUGCUGUGUGCCCAUUUUAAUUUUUAAUUCAGGGAACAUGGGCAAAAUUAAACAUUUACAGGGUAAUUUUCUUGUCCCAAAUAAAUCUUUUAUUUAAUUGUU